UGAGUUGGAUUUGCAAUGAAAUUUCAGUGAACAUUUGUUAAUUUAGAGUUAGCAAGCAACAUUGGUCAAUUCAACAGCUGAAAUAUGUUUAAAUUUAAAGCUAAUCAGCUUCUAUUAAUGAAUCAGUUUUUGUUAAUCAAUUUGCUUAAUUUUCAUCUUGUAAUAACUCAAGAGACAACACCAGAGACUAUCGCAACAAUUGGCUUCACUGAAACAUCAAAUGACUUGACUAGUUCAACAACUGUUUUAAGUGAUGAUUCAACGGAAAUUAUUGAUUUAACUACUGAAUCGAAUGGAACUCUAUUAACCACAAUAAAAUCAAUAGACGUUACAACAAAAGCUACCACAGAAGCUACAACAGAAACUACAACAGAGGUUCCAACGACAACGAUUUCUGAUCCAGUUAAGGUGAUAGAUUAUACAACUGAGUUGUUCAAUAAGGAUUGUCUCAAUGUACAUAAUCAAUUCAGAACUUUGCAUGGAGUUGAGCCACUUAAAAUGGAUGAUAAAAUAAUUGAAUUUGCCAGGCAAAGAGCAGCAACUUUAGCGCGGUUAAAUGAUACAUCUUAUUUGAAGCAUGAAUCAGGAAAUUAUGGUGAAAACCUUGCUGCUUGGCCUUUGUUUGGAUCCAUCAAUUGUUCCGAGGUGUCACAGAUUUGGUUUGAUGAAUAUAAAUAUGUUUCCAAUUGGUCUAACCCAGACUCUUUCACUCCUUAUACAUAUCAUUUUACCCAAAUUGUUUGGUCUACAACUCGAUCUAUUGGUUGUGGUAUGGCUGGACUUGAAGGAAGUGAUUGGAUCUUUAUUUGCUGUAAUUACGAUCCUCCAGGCAAUUAUUUAGAAGAGUUUCAGUAUAAUGUUAAGCCACCAAGUUAUCUUAAUGAAUCAGUUAAUGAGGUUCAACAUCCUCCACAAAUUGGUAAGAAUUGUAAAUGUACUUGUCAAGUUUGAUAUGAAAAAUUUGAUCACCGUAAUGUGUAAAAAUAAGAGACAAUUAUGUUUCGAUAAAAUUAUCAAAGUGAUUUUUUUAUAAUUGCAACCAAAA